AUGAGUGGUGCGGCAGAGCAGGUGAGUGGUGCAGCAGAGCAGGUGAGUGGUGCAGCAGAGCAGGUGAGUGGUGCAGCAGAGCAGGUGAGUGGUGCAGCAGAGCAGGUGAGUGGUGCGGCAGAGCAGGUGAGUGGUGCGGCAGAGCAGGUGAGUGGUGCAGAAGAGCAGGUGAGUGGUGCAGCAGAGCAGGUGAGUGGUGCAGCAGAGCAGGUGAGUGGUGCAGCAGAGCAGGUGAGUGGUGCGGCAGAGCAGGUGAGUGGUGCAGCAGAGCAGGUGAGUGGUGCAGCAGAGCAGGUGAGUGGUGCAGCAGAGCAGGUGAGUGGUGCGACAGAGCAGGUGAGUGGUGCAGCAGAGCAGGUGAGUGGUGCAGCAGAGCAGGUGAGUGGUGCAGCAGAGCAGGUGAGUGGUGCAGCAGAGCAGGUGAGUGGUGCAGCAGAGCAGGUGAGUGGUGCAGCAGAGCAGGUGAGUGGUGCGGCAGAGCAGGUGAGUGGUGCGGCAGAGCAGGUGAGUGGUGCGGCAGAGCAGGUGAGUGGUGCAACAGAGCAGGUGAGUGGUGCGGCAGAGCAGGUGAGUGGUGCGGCAGAGCAGGUGAGUGGUGCAGCAGAGCAGGUGAGUGGUGCAGCAGAGCAGGUGAGUGGUGCGGCAGAGCAGGUGAGUGGUGCGGCAGAGCAGGUGAGUGGUGCAGCAGAGCAGGUGAGUGGUGCAGCAGAGCAGGUGAGUGGUGCAGCAGAGCAGGUGAGUGGUGCAGCAGAGCAGGUGAGUGGUGCGGCAGAGCAGGUGAGUGGUGCAGCAGAGCAGGUGAGUGGUGCGGCAGAGCAGGUGAGUGGUGCAGCAGAGCAGGUGAGUGGUGCAGCAGAGCAGGUGAGUGGUGCAGCAGAGCAGGUGAGUGGUGCGGCAGAGCAGGUGAGUGGUGCGGCAGAGCAGGUGAGUGGUGCGGCAGAGCAGGUGAGUGGUGCGGCAGAGCAGGUGAGUGGUGCGGCAGAGCAGGUGAGUGGUGCGGCAGAGCAGGUGAGUGGUGCGGCAGAGCAGGUGAGUGGUGCAGCAGAGCAGGUGAGUGGUGCAGCAGAGCAGGUGAGUGGUGCAGCAGAGCAGGUGAGUGGUGCGGCAGAGCAGGUGAGUGGUGCAGCAGAGCAGGUGAGUGGUGCAGCAGAGCAGGUGACUGGUGCAGCAGAGCAGGUGAGUGGUGCAGCAGAGCAGGUGAGUGGUGCAGCAGAGCAGGUGAGUGGUGCAGCAGAGCAGGUGAGUGGUGCGGCAGAGCAGGUGACUGGUGCAGCAGAGCAGGUGAGUGGUGCAGCAGAGCAGGUGAGUGGAGCGGCAGAGCAGGUGAGUGGUGCGGCAGAGCAGGUGAGUGGUGCGGCAGAGCAGGUGAGUGGUGCGGCAGAGCAGGUGAGUGGUGCGGCAGAGCAGGUGAGUGGUGCAGCACAGCAGGUGAGUGGUGCAGCAGAGCAGGUGAGUGGUGCAGCAGAGCAGGUGAGUGGUGCGGCAGAGCAGGUGAGUGGUGCGGCAGAGCAGGUGAGUAGUGCAGCAGAGCAGGUGAGUGGUGCAGCAGAGCAGGUGAGUGGUGCAGCAGAGCAGGUGAGUGGUGCAGCAGAGCAGGUGAGUGGUGCAGCAGAGCAGGUGAGUGGUGCGGCAGAGCAGGUGAGUGGUGCGGCAGAGCAGGUGAGUGGUGCAGCAGAGCAGGUGAGUGGUGCGGCAGAGCAGGUGAGUGGUGCGGCAGAGCAGGUGAGUGGUGCAGCAGAGCAGGUGAGUGGUGCAGCAGAGCAGGUGAGUGGUGCAGCAGAGCAGGUGAGUGGUGCAGCAGAGCAGGUGAGUGGUGCGGCAGAGCAGGUGAGUGGUGCAGCAGAGCAGGUGAGUGGUGCAGCAGAGCAGGUGAGUGGUGCAGCAGAGCAGGUGAGUGGUGCAGCAGAGCAGGUGAGUGGUGCGGCAGAGCAGGUGAGUGGUGCAGCAGAGCAGGUGAGUGGUGCAGCAGAGCAGGUGAGUGGUGCGGCAGAGCAGGUGAGUGGUGCAGCAGAGCAGGUGAGUGGUGCAGCAGAGCAGGUGAGUGGUGCAGCAGAGCAGGUGAGUGGUGCAGCAGAGCAGGUGAGUGGUGCGGCAGAGCAGGUGAGUGGUGCAGCAGAGCAGGUGAGUGGUGCAGCAGAGCAGGUGAGUGGUGCAGCAGAGCAGGUGAGUGGUGCAGCAGAGCAGGUGAGUGGUGCGGCAGAUCAGGUGAGUGGUGCAGCAGAGCAGGUGAGUGGUGCAGCAGAGCAGGUGAGUGGUGCGGCAGAGCAGGUGAGUGGUGCGGCAGAGCAGGUGAGUGGUGCGGCAGAGCAGGUGAGUGGUGCGGCAGAGCAGGUGAGUGGUGCGGCAGAGCAGGUGAGUGGUGCAGCAGAGCAGGUGAGUGGUGCAGCAGAGCAGGUGAGUGGUGCAGCAGAGCAGGUGAGUGGUGCGGCAGAGCAGGUGAGUGGUGCGGCAGAGCAGGUGAGUGGUGCAGCAGAGCAGGUGAGUGGUGCAGCAGAGCAGGUGAGUGGUGCAGCAGAGCAGGUGAGUGGUGCAGCAGAGCAGGUGAGUGGUGCGGCAGAGCAGGUGAGUGGUGCAGCAGAGCAGGUGAGUGGUGCAGCAGAGCAGGUGAGUGGUGCAGCAGAGCAGGUGAGUGGUGCAGCAGAGCAGGUGAGUGGUGCGGCAGAGCAGGUGAGUGGUGCAGCAGAGCAGGUGAGUGGUGCAGCAGAGCAGGUGAGUGGUGCAGCAGAGCAGGUGAGUGGUGCAGCAGAGCAGGUGAGUGGUGCAGCAGAGCAGGUGAGUGGUGCGGCAGAGCAGGUGAGUGGUGCAGCAGAGCAGGUGAGUGGUGCGGCAGAGCAGGUGAGUGGUGCAGCAGAGCAGGUGAGUGGUGCAGCAGAGCAGGUGAGUGGUGCAGCAGAGCAGGUGAGUGGUGCGGCAGAGCAGGUGAGUGGUGCGGCAGAGCAGGUGAGUGGUGCGGCAGAGCAGGUGAGUGGUGCGGCAGAGCAGGUGAGUGGUGCAGCAGAGCAGGUGAGUGGUGCAGCAGAGCAGGUGAGUGGUGCAGCAGAGCAGGUGAGUGGUGCAGCAGAGCAGGUGAGUGGUGCGGCAGAGCAGGUGAGUGGUGCGGCAGAGCAGGUGAGUGGUGCGGCAGAGCAGGUGAGUGGUGCAGCAGAGCAGGUGAGUGGUGCAGCAGAGCAGGUGAGUGGUGCGGCAGAGCAGGUGAGUGGUGCGGCAGAGCAGGUGAGUGGUGCAGCAGAGCAGGUGAGUGGUGCAGCAGAGCAGGUGAGUGGUGCAGCAGAGCAGGUGAGUGGUGCAGCAGAGCAGGUGAGUGGUGCAGCAGAGCAGAUGAGUGGUGCAGCAGAGCAGGUGAGUGGUGCAGCAGAGCAGGUGAGUGGUGCAGCAGAGCAGGUGAGUGGUGCGGCAGAGCAGGUGAGUGGUGCAGCAGAGCAGGUGAGUGGUGCAGCAGAGCAGGUGAGUGGUGCAGCAGAGCAGGUGAGUGGUGCGGCAGAGCAGGUGAGUGGUGCAGCAGAGCAGGUGAGUGGUGCAGCAGAGCAGGUGAGUGGUGCGGCAGAGCAGGUGAGUGGUGCGGCAGAGCAGGUGAGUGGUGCAGCAGAGCAGGUGAGUGGUGCGGCAGAGCAGGUGAGUGGUGCAGCAGAGCAGGUGAGUGGUGCAGCAGAGCAGGUGAGUGGUGCGGCAGAGCAGGUGAGUGGUGCGGCAGAGAAGGUGAGUGGUGCGGCAGAGCAGGUGAGUGGUGCGGCAGAGCAGGUGAGUGGUGCGGCAGAGCAGGUGAGUGGUGCAGCAGAGCAGGUGAGUGGUGCAGCAGAGCAGGUGAGUGGUGCAGCAGAGCAGGUGAGUGGUGCGGCAGAGAAGGUGAGUGGUGCAGCAGAGCAGGUGAGUGGUGCAGCAGAGCAGGUGAGUGGUGCAGCAGAGCAGGUGAGUGGUGCAGCAGAGCAGGUGAGUGGUGCGGCAGAGCAGGUGAGUGGUGCGGCAGAGCAGGUGAGUGGUGCAGCAGAGCAGGUGAGUGGUGCAGCAGAGCAGGUGAGUGGUGCAGCAGAGCAGGUGAGUGGUGCAGCAGAGCAGGUGAGUGGUGCGGCAGAGCAGGUGAGUGGUGCAGCAGAGCAGGUGAGUGGUGCGGCAGAGCAGGUGAGUGGUGCAGCAGAGCAGGUGAGUGGUGCAGCAGAGCAGGUGAGUGGUGCAGCAGAGCAGGUGAGUGGUGCGGCAGAGCAGGUGAGUGGUGCGGCAGAGCAGGUGAGUGGUGCGGCAGAGCAGGUGAGUGGUGCGGCAGAGCAGGUGAGUGGUGCAGCAGAGCAGGUGAGUGGUGCGGCAGAGCAGGUGAGUGGUGCGGCAGAGCAGGUGAGUGGUGCGGCAGAGCAGGUGAGUGGUGCGGCAGAGCAGGUGAGUGGUGCGGCAGAGCAGGUGAGUGGUGCGGCAGAGCAGGUGAGUGGUGCGGCAGAGCAGGUGAGUGGUGCGGCAGAGCAGGUGAGUGGUGCGGCAGAGCAGGUGAGUGGUGCGGCAGAGCAGGUGAGUGGUGCGGCAGAGCAGGUGAGUGGUGCGGCAGAGCAGGUGAGUGGUGCGGCAGAGCAGGUGAGUGGUGCGGCAGAGCAGGUGAGUGGUGCGGCAGAGCAGGUGAGUGGUGCGGCAGAGCAGGUGAGUGGUGCGGCAGAGCAGGUGAGUGGUGCGGCAGAGCAGGUGAGUGGUGCGGCAGAGCAGGUGAGUGGUGCGGCAGAGCAGGUGAGUGGUGCGGCAGAGCAGGUGAGUGGUGCGGCAGAGCAGGUGAGUGGUGCGGCAGAGCAGGUGAGUGGUGCGGCAGAGCAGGUGAGUGGUGCGGCAGAGCAGGUGAGUGGUGCGGCAGAGCAGGUGAGUGGUGCGGCAGAGCAGGUGAGUGGUGCGGCAGAGCAGGUGAGUGGUGCGGCAGAGCAGGUGAGUGGUGCGGCAGAGCAGGUGAGUGGUGCGGCAGAGCAGGUGAGUGGUGCAGCAGAGCAGGUGAGUGGUGCGGCAGAGCAGGUGAGUGGUGCAGCAGAGCAGGUGAGUGGUGCAGCAGAGCAGGUGAGUGGUGCGGCAGAGCAGAUGAGUGGUGCGGCAGAGCAGGUGAGUGGUGCAGCAGAGCAGGUGAGUGGUGCAGCAGAGCAGGUGAGUGGUGCAGCAGAGCAGGUGAGUGGUGCAGCAGAGCAGGUGAGUGGUGCGGCAGAGCAGGUGAGUGGUGCGGCAGAGCAGGUGAGUGGUGCAGAAGAGCAGGUGAGUGGUGCAGCAGAGCAGGUGAGUGGUGCAGCAGAGCAGGUGAGUGGUGCAGCAGAGCAGGUGAGUGGUGCGGCAGAGCAGGUGAGUGGUGCAGCAGAGCAGGUGAGUGGUGCAGCAGAGCAGGUGAGUGGUGCAGCAGAGCAGGUGAGUGGUGCGACAGAGCAGGUGAGUGGUGCAGCAGAGCAGGUGAGUGGUGCAGCAGAGCAGGUGAGUGGUGCAGCAGAGCAGGUGAGUGGUGCAGCAGAGCAGGUGAGUGGUGCAGCAGAGCAGGUGAGUGGUGCAGCAGAGCAGGUGAGUGGUGCGGCAGAGCAGGUGAGUGGUGCGGCAGAGCAGGUGAGUGGUGCAGCAGAGCAGGUGAGUGGUGCGGCAGAGCAGGUGAGUGGUGCAGCAGAGCAGGUGAGUGGUGCAGCAGAGCAGGUGAGUGGUGCGGCAGAGCAGGUGAGUGGUGCAACAGAGCAGGUGAGUGGUGCGGCAGAGCAGGUGAGUGGUGCGGCAGAGCAGGUGAGUGGUGCAGCAGAGCAGGUGAGUGGUGCAGCAGAGCAGGUGAGUGGUGCGGCAGAGCAGGUGAGUGGUGCGGCAGAGCAGGUGAGUGGUGCAGCAGAGCAGGUGAGUGGUGCAGCAGAGCAGGUGAGUGGUGCAGCAGAGCAGGUGAGUGGUGCAGCAGAGCAGGUGAGUGGUGCAGCAGAGCAGGUGAGUGGUGCAGCAGAGCAGGUGAGUGGUGCAGCAGAGCAGGUGAGUGGUGCAGCAGAGCAGGUGAGUGGUGCAGCAGAGCAGGUGAGUGGUGCGGCAGAGCAGGUGAGUGGUGCAGCAGAGCAGGUGAGUGGUGCAGCAGAGCAGGUGAGUGGUGCAGCAGAGCAGGUGAGUGGUGCAGCAGAGCAGGUGAGUGGUGCAGCAGAGCAGGUGAGUGGUGCAGCAGAGCAGGUGAGUGGUGCAGCAGAGCAGGUGAGUGGUGCAGCAGAGCAGGUGAGUGGUGCAGCAGAGCAGGUGAGUGGUGCGGCAGAGCAGGUGAGUGGUGCGGCAGAGCAGGUGAGUGGUGCAGCAGAGCAGGUGAGUGGUGCAGCAGAGCAGGUGAGUGGUGCAGCAGAGCAGGUGAGUGGUGCAGCAGAGCAGGUGAGUGGUGCGGCAGAGCAGGUGAGUGGUGCAGCAGAGCAGGUGAGUGGUGCGGCAGAGCAGGUGAGUGGUGCAGCAGAGCAGGUGAGUGGUGCAGCAGAGCAGGUGAGUGGUGCGGCAGAGCAGGUGAGUGGUGCGGCAGAGCAGGUGAGUGGUGCGGCAGAGCAGGUGAGUGGUGCGGCAGAGCAGGUGAGUGGUGCGGCAGAGCAGGUGAGUGGUGCAGCAGAGCAGGUGAGUGGUGCAGCAGAGCAGGUGAGUGGUGCAGCAGAGCAGGUGAGUGGUGCGGCAGAGAAGGUGAGUGGUGCAGCAGAGCAGGUGAGUGGUGCAGCAGAGCAGGUGAGUGGUGCAGCAGAGCAGGUGAGUGGUGCAGCAGAGCAGGUGAGUGGUGCGGCAGAGCAGGUGAGUGGUGCGGCAGAGCAGGUGAGUGGUGCAGCAGAGCAGGUGAGUGGUGCAGCAGAGCAGGUGAGUGGUGCAGCAGAGCAGGUGAGUGGUGCAGCAGAGCAGGUGAGUGGUGCGGCAGAGCAGGUGAGUGGUGCAGCAGAGCAGGUGAGUGGUGCGGCAGAGCAGGUGAGUGGUGCAGCAGAGCAGGUGAGUGGUGCAGCAGAGCAGGUGAGUGGUGCAGCAGAGCAGGUGAGUGGUGCGGCAGAGCAGGUGAGUGGUGCGGCAGAGCAGGUGAGUGGUGCGGCAGAGCAGGUGAGUGGUGCGGCAGAGCAGGUGAGUGGUGCAGCAGAGCAGGUGAGUGGUGCGGCAGAGCAGGUGAGUGGUGCGGCAGAGCAGGUGAGUGGUGCGGCAGAGCAGGUGAGUGGUGCGGCAGAGCAGGUGAGUGGUGCGGCAGAGCAGGUGAGUGGUGCGGCAGAGCAGGUGAGUGGUGCGGCAGAGCAGGUGAGUGGUGCAGAAGAGCAGGUGAGUGGUGCAGCAGAGCAGGUGAGUGGUGCAGCAGAGCAGGUGAGUGGUGCAGCAGAGCAGGUGAGUGGUGCGGCAGAGCAGGUGAGUGGUGCAGCAGAGCAGGUGAGUGGUGCAGCAGAGCAGGUGAGUGGUGCAGCAGAGCAGGUGAGUGGUGCGACAGAGCAGGUGAGUGGUGCAGCAGAGCAGGUGAGUGGUGCAGCAGAGCAGGUGAGUGGUGCAGCAGAGCAGGUGAGUGGUGCAGCAGAGCAGGUGAGUGGUGCAGCAGAGCAGGUGAGUGGUGCAGCAGAGCAGGUGAGUGGUGCGGCAGAGCAGGUGAGUGGUGCGGCAGAGCAGGUGAGUGGUGCGGCAGAGCAGGUGAGUGGUGCAACAGAGCAGGUGAGUGGUGCGGCAGAGCAGGUGAGUGGUGCGGCAGAGCAGGUGAGUGGUGCAGCAGAGCAGGUGAGUGGUGCAGCAGAGCAGGUGAGUGGUGCGGCAGAGCAGGUGAGUGGUGCGGCAGAGCAGGUGAGUGGUGCAGCAGAGCAGGUGAGUGGUGCAGCAGAGCAGGUGAGUGGUGCAGCAGAGCAGGUGAGUGGUGCAGCAGAGCAGGUGAGUGGUGCAGCAGAGCAGGUGAGUGGUGCAGCAGAGCAGGUGAGUGGUGCAGCAGAGCAGGUGAGUGGUGCAGCAGAGCAGGUGAGUGGUGCAGCAGAGCAGGUGAGUGGUGCGGCAGAGCAGGUGAGUGGUGCAGCAGAGCAGGUGAGUGGUGCAGCAGAGCAGGUGAGUGGUGCAGCAGAGCAGGUGAGUGGUGCAGCAGAGCAGGUGAGUGGUGCAGCAGAGCAGGUGAGUGGUGCAGCAGAGCAGGUGAGUGGUGCAGCAGAGCAGGUGAGUGGUGCAGCAGAGCAGGUGAGUGGUGCAGCAGAGCAGGUGAGUGGUGCAGCAGAGCAGGUGAGUGGUGCGGCAGAGCAGGUGAGUGGUGCGGCAGAGCAGGUGAGUGGUGCAGCAGAGCAGGUGAGUGGUGCAGCAGAGCAGGUGAGUGGUGCGGCAGAGCAGGUGAGUGGUGCGGCAGAGCAGGUGAGUGGUGCAGCAGAGCAGGUGAGUGGUGCGGCAGAGCAGGUGAGUGGUGCAGCAGAGCAGGUGAGUGGUGCAGCAGAGCAGGUGAGUGGUGCGGCAGAGCAGGUGAGUGGUGCGGCAGAGCAGGUGAGUGGUGCGGCAGAGCAGGUGAGUGGUGCGGCAGAGCAGGUGAGUGGUGCGGCAGAGCAGGUGAGUGGUGCAGCAGAGCAGGUGAGUGGUGCAGCAGAGCAGGUGAGUGGUGCAGCAGAGCAGGUGAGUGGUGCGGCAGAGAAGGUGAGUGGUGCAGCAGAGCAGGUGAGUGGUGCAGCAGAGCAGGUGAGUGGUGCAGCAGAGCAGGUGAGUGGUGCAGCAGAGCAGGUGAGUGGUGCGGCAGAGCAGGUGAGUGGUGCGGCAGAGCAGGUGAGUGGUGCAGCAGAGCAGGUGAGUGGUGCAGCAGAGCAGGUGAGUGGUGCAGCAGAGCAGGUGAGUGGUGCAGCAGAGCAGGUGAGUGGUGCGGCAGAGCAGGUGAGUGGUGCAGCAGAGCAGGUGAGUGGUGCGGCAGAGCAGGUGAGUGGUGCAGCAGAGCAGGUGAGUGGUGCAGCAGAGCAGGUGAGUGGUGCAGCAGAGCAGGUGAGUGGUGCGGCAGAGCAGGUGAGUGGUGCGGCAGAGCAGGUGAGUGGUGCGGCAGAGCAGGUGAGUGGUGCGGCAGAGCAGGUGAGUGGUGCAGCAGAGCAGGUGAGUGGUGCGGCAGAGCAGGUGAGUGGUGCGGCAGAGCAGGUGAGUGGUGCGGCAGAGCAGGUGAGUGGUGCGGCAGAGCAGGUGAGUGGUGCGGCAGAGCAGGUGAGUGGUGCGGCAGAGCAGGUGAGUGGUGCGGCAGAGCAGGUGAGUGGUGCGGCAGAGCAGGUGAGUGGUGCGGCUGAGCAGGUGAGUGGUGCGGCAGAGCAGGUGAGUGGUGCGGCAGAGCAGGUGAGUGGUGCAGCAGAGCAGGUGAGUGGUGCGGCAGAGCAGGUGAGUGGUGCGGCAGAGCAGGUGAGUGGUGCGGCAGAGCAGGUGAGUGGUGCGGCAGAGCAGGUGAGCGGUGCGGCAGAGCAGGUGAGUGGUGCGGCAGAGCAGGUGAGUGGUGCGGCAGAGCAGGUGAGUGGUGCGGCAGAGCAGGUGAGUGGUGCGGCUGAGCAGGUGAGUGGUGCGGCAGAGCAGGUGAGUGGUGCAGCAGAGCAGGUGAGUGGUGCGGCAGAGCAGGUGAGUGGUGCGGCAGAGCAGGUGAGUGGUGCGGCAGAGCAGGUGAGUGGUGCGGCAGAGCAGGUGAGUGGUGCGGCAGAGCAGGUGAGUGGUGCGGCAGAGCAGGUGAGUGGUGCAGCAGAGCAGGUGAGUGGUGCGGCAGAGCAGGUGAGUGGUGCAGCAGAGCAGGUGAGUGGUGCAGCAGAGCAGGUGAGUGGUGCGGCAGAGCAGAUGAGUGGUGCGGCAGAGCAGGUGAGUGGUGCAGCAGAGCAGGUGAGUGGUGCAGCAGAGCAGGUGAGUGGUGCAGCAGAGCAGGUGAGUGGUGCAGCAGAGCAGGUGAGUGGUGCGGCAGAGCAGGUGAGUGGUGCGGCAGAGCAGGUGAGUGGUGCAGAAGAGCAGGUGAGUGGUGCAGCAGAGCAGGUGAGUGGUGCAGCAGAGCAGGUGAGUGGUGCAGCAGAGCAGGUGAGUGGUGCGGCAGAGCAGGUGAGUGGUGCAGCAGAGCAGGUGAGUGGUGCAGCAGAGCAGGUGAGUGGUGCAGCAGAGCAGGUGAGUGGUGCGACAGAGCAGGUGAGUGGUGCAGCAGAGCAGGUGAGUGGUGCAGCAGAGCAGGUGAGUGGUGCAGCAGAGCAGGUGAGUGGUGCAGCAGAGCAGGUGAGUGGUGCAGCAGAGCAGGUGAUGAGUGGUGCGGCAGAGCAGGUGAGUGGUGCGGCAGAGCAGGUGAGUGGUGCGGCAGAGCAGGUGAGUGGUGCAACAGAGCAGGUGAGUGGUGCGGCAGAGCAGGUGAGUGGUGCGGCAGAGCAGGUGAGUGGUGCAGCAGAGCAGGUGAGUGGUGCAGCAGAGCAGGUGAGUGGUGCGGCAGAGCAGGUGAGUGGUGCGGCAGAGCAGGUGAGUGGUGCAGCAGAGCAGGUGAGUGGUGCAGCAGAGCAGGUGAGUGGUGCAGCAGAGCAGGUGAGUGGUGCAGCAGAGCAGGUGAGUGGUGCAGCAGAGCAGGUGAGUGGUGCAGCAGAGCAGGUGAGUGGUGCAGCAGAGCAGGUGAGUGGUGCAGCAGAGCAGGUGAGUGGUGCAGCAGAGCAGGUGAGUGGUGCGGCAGAGCAGGUGAGUGGUGCAGCAGAGCAGGUGAGUGGUGCAGCAGAGCAGGUGAGUGGUGCAGCAGAGCAGGUGAGUGGUGCAGCAGAGCAGGUGAGUGGUGCAGCAGAGCAGGUGAGUGGUGCAGCAGAGCAGGUGAGUGGUGCAGCAGAGCAGGUGAGUGGUGCAGCAGAGCAGGUGAGUGGUGCAGCAGAGCAGGUGAGUGGUGCAGCAGAGCAGGUGAGUGGUGCGGCAGAGCAGGUGAGUGGUGCGGCAGAGCAGGUGAGUGGUGCAGCAGAGCAGGUGAGUGGUGCAGCAGAGCAGGUGAGUGGUGCGGCAGAGCAGGUGAGUGGUGCGGCAGAGCAGGUGAGUGGUGCAGCAGAGCAGGUGAGUGGUGCGGCAGAGCAGGUGAGUGGUGCAGCAGAGCAGGUGAGUGGUGCAGCAGAGCAGGUGAGUGGUGCGGCAGAGCAGGUGAGUGGUGCGGCAGAGCAGGUGAGUGGUGCGGCAGAGCAGGUGAGUGGUGCGGCAGAGCAGGUGAGUGGUGCGGCAGAGCAGGUGAGUGGUGCAGCAGAGCAGGUGAGUGGUGCAGCAGAGCAGGUGAGUGGUGCAGCAGAGCAGGUGAGUGGUGCGGCAGAGAAGGUGAGUGGUGCAGCAGAGCAGGUGAGUGGUGCAGCAGAGCAGGUGAGUGGUGCAGCAGAGCAGGUGAGUGGUGCAGCAGAGCAGGUGAGUGGUGCGGCAGAGCAGGUGAGUGGUGCGGCAGAGCAGGUGAGUGGUGCAGCAGAGCAGGUGAGUGGUGCAGCAGAGCAGGUGAGUGGUGCAGCAGAGCAGGUGAGUGGUGCAGCAGAGCAGGUGAGUGGUGCGGCAGAGCAGGUGAGUGGUGCAGCAGAGCAGGUGAGUGGUGCGGCAGAGCAGGUGAGUGGUGCAGCAGAGCAGGUGAGUGGUGCAGCAGAGCAGGUGAGUGGUGCAGCAGAGCAGGUGAGUGGUGCGGCAGAGCAGGUGAGUGGUGCGGCAGAGCAGGUGAGUGGUGCGGCAGAGCAGGUGAGUGGUGCGGCAGAGCAGGUGAGUGGUGCAGCAGAGCAGGUGAGUGGUGCGGCAGAGCAGGUGAGUGGUGCGGCAGAGCAGGUGAGUGGUGCGGCAGAGCAGGUGAGUGGUGCGGCAGAGCAGGUGAGUGGUGCGGCAGAGCAGGUGAGUGGUGCGGCAGAGCAGGUGAGUGGUGCGGCAGAGCAGGUGAGUGGUGCGGCUGAGCAGGUGAGUGGUGCGGCAGAGCAGGUGAGUGGUGCGGCAGAGCAGGUGAGUGGUGCAGCAGAGCAGGUGAGUGGUGCGGCAGAGCAGGUGAGUGGUGCGGCAGAGCAGGUGAGUGGUGCGGCAGAGCAGGUGAGUGGUGCGGCAGAGCAGGUGAGCGGUGCGGCAGAGCAGGUGAGUGGUGCGGCAGAGCAGGUGAGUGGUGCGGCAGAGCAGGUGAGUGGUGCGGCAGAGCAGGUGAGUGGUGCGGCAGAGCAGGUGAGUGGUGCGGCAGAGCAGGUGAGUGGUGCGGCAGAGCAGGUGAGUGGUGCGGCAGAGCAGGUGAGUGGUGCGGCAGAGCAGGUGAGUGGUGCGGCAGAGCAGGUGAGUGGUGCGGCAGAGCAGGUGAGUGGUGCGGCAGAGCAGGUGAGUGGUGCGGCAGAGCAGGUGAGUGGUGCGGCAGAGCAGGUGAGUGGUGCGGCAGAGCAGGUGAGUGGUGCGGCAGAGCAGGUGAGUGGUGCAGCAGAGCAGGUGAGUGGUGCGGCAGAGCAGGUGAGUGGUGCAGCAGAGCAGGUGAGUGGUGCAGCAGAGCAGGUGAGUGGUGCGGCAGAGCAGAUGAGUGGUGCGGCAGAGCAGGUGAGUGGUGCAGCAGAGCAGGUGAGUGGUGCAGCAGAGCAGGUGAGUGGUGCAGCAGAGCAGGUGAGUGGUGCAGCAGAGCAGGUGAGUGGUGCGGCAGAGCAGGUGAGUGGUGCGGCAGAGCAGGUGAGUGGUGCAGAAGAGCAGGUGAGUGGUGCAGCAGAGCAGGUGAGUGGUGCAGCAGAGCAGGUGAGUGGUGCAGCAGAGCAGGUGAGUGGUGCGGCAGAGCAGGUGAGUGGUGCAGCAGAGCAGGUGAGUGGUGCAGCAGAGCAGGUGAGUGGUGCAGCAGAGCAGGUGAGUGGUGCGACAGAGCAGGUGAGUGGUGCAGCAGAGCAGGUGAGUGGUGCAGCAGAGCAGGUGAGUGGUGCAGCAGAGCAGGUGAGUGGUGCAGCAGAGCAGGUGAGUGGUGCAGCAGAGCAGGUGAGUGGUGCAGCAGAGCAGGUGAGUGGUGCGGCAGAGCAGGUGAGUGGUGCGGCAGAGCAGGUGAGUGGUGCGGCAGAGCAGGUGAGUGGUGCAACAGAGCAGGUGAGUGGUGCGGCAGAGCAGGUGAGUGGUGCGGCAGAGCAGGUGAGUGGUGCAGCAGAGCAGGUGAGUGGUGCAGCAGAGCAGGUGAGUGGUGCGGCAGAGCAGGUGAGUGGUGCGGCAGAGCAGGUGAGUGGUGCAGCAGAGCAGGUGAGUGGUGCAGCAGAGCAGGUCAGUGGUGCAGCAGAGCAGGUGAGUGGUGCAGCAGAGCAGGUGAGUGGUGCAGCAGAGCAGGUGAGUGGUGCAGCAGAGCAGGUGAGUGGUGCAGCAGAGCAGGUGAGUGGUGCAGCAGAGCAGGUGAGUGGUGCAGCAGAGCAGGUGAGUGGUGCGGCAGAGCAGGUGAGUGGUGCAGCAGAGCAGGUGAGUGGUGCAGCAGAGCAGGUGAGUGGUGCAGCAGAGCAGGUGAGUGGUGCGGCAGAGCAGAGUGGAGGGGGAGCGGGCCCCAUCGCGAAUGGCAACAGGGGGUGGCUGAGUGGAGGGGGAGCGGGCCCUAUCGCGAAUGGCAGCAGGGGGUGGCUGGUGUCGAGUGUGACCGGCAGGGAGAGAGAGUGCGGGCGGGAGAUUGUGAACGUGCUCGAUGAGUGGUGUGACAAGCUGGAGGCAGCAAGGCGCAGAGGAACGGAUAGGUGGUGUGACAAGCUGGAGGCUGGCAAGGCGCAGGGGGAGGGGGAGGGGGAGGCACGGACUGGGGAAGGUGCAUCUGCAGGGAAGGCGAAGGGGGGUUCGUCCAUCGAUGCGCUGCUGGCGAAUGAAGUGGCAGCACUCAAGAAACAGGUGCGUGCGUGUGGAGAGGGGGUUGAGGAAACAGGUGUGUGUGUUUUGCAGCGGCUCACAGGUGCCCCUGUUUUGAGACGUCUCAGGCUACCAGGUGCCCCUGUUUUGAGACGUCUCAGGCUACCAGCACAAACACCCAUCACUUCCCUCUCUCGCAAUCCUCUUUUCCCUCCCUCUUCCUCCCCUUGCCCCUCGUCUUGUCCCUCCCCUUGUCCUGAACGCUCUCACCUGCCUCGGUUCGUGAGUGUGGAGUCUGGGUGCAAGGCACUGCUGUUCGUGAGGAUUAGAGAGGAUGCCAGGAAGGGGGGGAAGGGAGAGAAGGGAGGAAAGCAGUUGGAGGAGGGAGAGGAGAAGGAGGAGGAGGGUGAGAAGGAGGAGGUGGGGAAGACGGAGGAAGGGGAAAAGGAGGAGGAGAAGGGUGAAGGAGACAAGGAGGGGAAGGAGGGGGAUAAGGCCGGGGAAAAGGAGCAGGAGAAAGAGCAGGAGGAAGAGGUUACAGGAGGAGGAGAGAAGGAACCGGAGAAGGAGGGACAGGGAGGGGAGGGGGAGAAAGGGGAGGCAGGGGGAGAGCAGGGAAGGGUGUCGCCGUGUGAGUUGGCAGAGGCGGUGCUGCGGCAUGCCAAGGCCACCCAGCAGUCAGCCACUCGGUGGGUGUGGGGUAGUGGGUGUGGGGCAGUGGGUGUGGGGCAGUGGGUGUGGGGCAGUGGGUGUGGGGCAGUGGGUGUGGGGCAGUGGGUGUGGGGCAGUGGGUGUGGGGCAGUGGGUGUGGGGCAGUGGGUGUGGGGCAGUGGGUGUGAGGCAGUGGGUGUGGGGCAGUGGGUGUGGGGCAGUGGGUGUGGGGCAGUGGGAGUGAGGCAGUGGGUGUGGGGCAGUGGGUGUGGGGCAGUGGGUGUGGGGCAGUGGGUGUGGGGCAGUGGGUGUGGGGCAGUGGGCGGCAAGGCGACAACAUGA